AUGCAUUCCACGUGCGCAGGUUGUACGAAACGUUAUAUUGGAGCGGGGCUGAGACUCGAGACACAACGGUACUUCGCGGCGAUGCGUAUUCUGACGUGAUUUUUCAACAACACGGUGUACCACGCACGAAAUUUUCUCUACAAACGGGUAAAACCAAUAUUGUAAUGACUGUCAAAAAACGCCUUGUGUCUGCGACCUCUAACGAAGAUGAAGAAGUAUUUGAGAAGAGCGGGAAAAAUUCCGACAGCAAAAAGAAUGAAGAUACUGCGGUCGGUACAACGGUUUUGAAUACCAAACUUAGAACGAUAUUUAAACUAUUUAUACUCGGUAUCGUUGGACCAGUCAUUUUAUACACUCUCUAUCAUCUGUCUUCGAGUUUGCAAAAACACUUUGCGAAGAUCGAAAUCAAGGAAGUAUUGAUAAAGGAUCGAAAACCGAUAUACUGGGUCUACGGAAGAAAUCCCGACUCCGGGUAUUUGAAACACGUUUUCGCAGUGCUGGACCGACUCGGAUUUGAGAGAGGAACGAACGAGUCGGACUGGGAUUUGUUGUGGGCUCACGAUUAUCCCUUCAGAUCGCUUUACUCGAGUCUUAACGCCCUGGCGCCGCACCAGAAGGUGAAUCAUGUACCGGGGUGCGGUUACAUAACGAACAAAGUCGACCUCUCGACGUCGGAGUUGGCGAGGCACUUGCCGGCAGCUUUCAAGAUACCAGAAGACAAGAAAGCCUUGCUAAAAUACGUGGCCGACAACCCGGCGAAGAGUUUCGUCCAAAAGUCGAACGCUCAUCGGGGAAUCCAGAUACUCAAUGUCUCGGACAUCGAUCUGGCAUCGGAGGGGUCUUUCGUCCAGGAGUUCAUUGAGAAUCCUUUUCUGGUUGACGGGUUCAAGUUCGACAUCGGCGUCUACACCGUUGUCACUUCCGUCGAUCCUCUCAGGGUCUACGUCUACAAGGGUGAUAUUCUCUUCCGGUUUUGUCCUGUCAAGUACUAUCCGUUCGAUCCUGAGAACAUCGACAAAUAUGUUGUCGGCGAUGAUUACUUGCCGAUAUGGGAUGUUCCGUCGCUCAAAAAUUACUACGCUAAUCUGGGAUUCUCCAUGAAGGACUCUUUCGACAGUUACGUCAGGGCGCAGGGUAAGGAUCCCCAGAAGGUCUGGGAUAACGUUAACGAUGCGAUACGGGACGUAAUUCUGAGUAAGGAGUCCCUCAUCAAGGACGUCGUAAAACGGUUCAAAAACCAACACAACUUUUUCGAGAUGAUGCGAUUCGAUUUCGCAAUAGACGAUGAGCUCAACGUAUUUGUCAUGGAGGCCAAUAUGUCGCCGAAUUUAUCUUCGGCCCAUUAUCCGCCUAAUCAACUGCUCUACGAACAGGUUUUAUUCAACCUUUUCGGACUCGUCGGUAUCGGCCAAAGAGUAAGGAAGGAAUCGCUAAGAAUUAGAAAUCAGAAGGAAGAGGAAAUGCAGGUGGCUGAUAAAAAUCUGGUCGUACUGCCAGAAGUUUGCGCUAAAUGCGACGACUGUUUUCGAGUCGAAUGCCAAUUGUGUAAACCGUGUUUUACGGAUGAGACAAGACACAUUUUGUCGACCAGUUAUCGCGAGCACCAGAACGCUAUGGACUUUCAAAGAAUAUUCCCACCUCCUAUCACGAAAACAAUGGUCCUCAAGGAUUACACAUUGAAGAAUCAACUACUCGUAAGAUGGUAUCAAGGUAAAUGUGAACUUGAUCCCACGUGGUGCGGAUAAUCGUAAGUUUUCUACAUUCUACUAUCUUCUAUACAGUAUAGGUAUAUACCCUGCCCGAAUUUUAUGAUACAUCGAUUACGACUUGGAAGAUCUGCGAGUUCACGUUUAAUGUGUAACGUGGAAAAAGUUAGAUCUGAACUCUUGAAAGUUUUCGUUGUAAAAAAAGGUUGGUACAA